ACAUAAGAUGAAAACAUUGCGAUUUGACGAGAUUUUAACAUAUGGCAAUAACAAUCAACAUAAAACAAGCAUUUCAUUGAAAAUCGACAUUUAUAUUAUAGAAAUAUUUAUACAUAGUUAUUUAAUCGUUGCCGGAUAGUUGUUUGUUGAGGAAGAAACGGCGCAGCAGGAGGAAACAAUGGAAACUUCGAGACUCAGCAUGGGAGGCAGCAAGACCUCAAAAAAGAAGAGUACUCGGAGGUCAAGUGUAAACAGCAUCAAUAAUAAUAAUAAUAAUAAUAAUAAUUUUAGCACACCAAACGAACCGUCGAGCUCUUCUCACAGCCUCGAUUUUGACAUCUUGACGAUCAAAAACGUGGUAUCUAAGCGGUACCCUAUUGAGGUAAACCUGACUAUUUUUUUCAAGCAGCGGCUGCUGACGACGACUCCUAAUUUCAUAAUACGCAGCCCUGGGACGUAUAGAAUAGAUUUUAAUUUCAAGUUCAAGAUACGUAAGAUCAAUGCAGAGAUGAUGGACCAGUUGAUAAGUGAGCCACUGCUGAUAGUCCUGACGAAAUUACGACAUGGCCAACUAAACAAGGUGAACUAUUUCUCGGCCAAGUCCUACAGUCGUUCAAUGCGCUUUAGAAACAAACUAGAACUGAUGACGGCGACGCCAAGAAGUCCGUCACUGACCGAAGAAGAGUUGAAAGAAUUGGAGAAGAGGCAGAUAAAGAGAUUCAAGGGAGAGGAGAGCACAGUCCUUCCUUGCACGCUCGGAGAGUGUACCUUAGACCUUCUUCCCCUUGUUAAAGGGCAAUUGGUUAUUGAAGAGGAGCUUCUUUUGGAAAGGCCAAUGAGAUACCGCACCCUCCCACUUAGAAUGAGACCCAUCAAUUCGAGAAUGGUUCUCAGCAUCAGAGUCUCUGAUGAGAACAACUUCACAAAAGACUUGCCACCACUUCACAAUGUCCUCAUGUAUACUGUAGAAGCUCUCUACAACUACGACGUUGAAAAGCUAUCAGUUAAUGAAUUAUCAACCAUAACUGCCACUAUGCCAUUACCCCAUAAUGUUCCAACAAAUUCUGAAGAGAGGGCUUUCACACUCUACCAUUUUGAACCAGGCAUUAUUUCAUCGUCGGUUAACAUUGACUACAAAAAGAAAUGGUAUGGAUUGGCAAACAUAUUGAGAGGAAAGGGCUCUUACUCAAAUCAUAGGAUUCCUACGGGCUACGAUGGCAUAAUGAACAAUAUGGGCAUCGAUUUGCAGAAAAACAUCGAGAAGCAUCAACCGCGUAUAAAUUGGAAUAUUAUGCGGCGUAUUUACAUGACACCAGAGACUGAGGACGUCUUCAUCCACAACCUGAUACAGUACAGGUGCCUGCCGGUAGAGAUACUGUUCAAUAUGAGUGGGACAGUAGACUUGAAGGGGAUAACGGGCAAAACCAUAGGAUCCCAGAGCUCGCUGUUUAGCUACAGGAAGAUGUCCCGCGUCUCCAUAAGCUCUCAACGGCGAAACACCAAGCUCCGUAAACUCUUGGAAUCGACUGAUAAUGUGGAUGUUGGACAUUUUGUCGCCUUCUUGGACAUAUCUAAACUUUUGAUUCCUGGGGUUACAUCAGCUAGAAUUGCUGCGCCUGUUCAGAGAAUCAGUUCAGUUGAUUAUAAGCAAAAAUGGAAUGCAAAAGAACCAAUUUUGAAAAAUCAUUUGGUGGGAGCUAAUAUUCCCAACGCAUAUGAAGAAACUGAUGAGUUCUCCAUCCCAGGAACCACCUGUUUUAUCAUAGUUGAAAUUAGCUUGAUGAAACCCCUGAUUCCAGAAAAAGAAAGCUUGGGUUGGGAAAUGUCAAUGCCACAACUUGCUACUGAGAAAAUUAAUGAUAAUACUUUAAAUAGUAAUGUAGUACCUAUGGACCAUUUUGCAAAAGCCACCAAGUUCAUAAUUUUCCUAAUUAAAAGAGAAAUGGAAGAUUUUUAUAUGUUGAGGCACUGCAAACAGUAUUCUGAAGUGUCAUAUUAUAAAGAAAUGGAUUUCUGGGGCCACCUCGGCCACUCGGGCGCCAUGAAAAUUAUUCACGAGACUCUAAGAACGAGUGUAAACAAUUACAUUCACAAUGUUUUAGGAACACCACAAGAUAAUCUGACUUCACUCGAAAGAAAAGAAUAUAUGGCCAAUUUAUAUUUUAAAAUUGUAGACAAAAUUCACCAAGUUAUAAACACCUUACUUCAGUCAGACAAAGGCCGCAUUGAAAAAAUUGUGCACUACAGUAAGCCCGACAUGGAUGAGCUCUUGCUCUAUGCUGUGGAGGCUGGUGAACAGCUACAAUUUCCAAAAGCUAGAUACUACCUAGCAAAGAGGUUAGAAAUGAAUGGCUUCAGAAAUCCUGACUACUGGUUUGACUAUGGUGUCAUGGCCCUAAGAUUCGGCGAUGUCUACCUGGCAAUAGAGUCUAUGAAAGAAGUGCUAGCCAUCUACCCAAGACACAGGAUGGGACUUUUAGCAUAUGCAAUCUUGCUAACCGUAAUGGGAGAAUACGAGGAAGCUGAAAAGUUCUUCUAUUCAUGUGUCAAGUUCUACCCGACCUUUUGGCAAGCUUGGAUCACUUAUCAUGUGUUUUACAAGCAUAUUGAGCUCUUUGAAGGUGCAGACAUUACUUUUGUAUUAGGAGUAAGGUAUAUGAGCGAAUUUCCAUUGAAAAAAGAAUGGCAACCCAAUAUUCCUAGAAUAACAUGGUACAUAGAUCUCUGCAAUUGUUUUAAUGUAUUCUUAGAGACUGCUAAAUUUCUGCUGUCCUACAAUCUGUUUGAGUUUGCAGAAAUGUGCCUUGCCGAGUACUUGGAUUCUGUAGACAAAAAGGACGUCUGUUUUUAUUAUUAUCUCGCCGUGUGUCAUUUUAUUCAGGGCCGCUUUCAAGAUAGUCUUGUUCAUCUUGCACAACUCAUCGAGGAAACUAACAUAGAAAAUUACAAAGUAUGGUCUCUCAUUGGAUUCAACUAUUAUAACCUCGGGAACAGCGAUCAAGCAAGAAAAGCAUUCAUCGAGGCACAGAAAUGUCUUAAAGAUUACUCAGCUGUCCCAUUCAUGCUAAUCAGAGUUGGAUUUGAUUAUAUAGAGAGGGGUUGUUCAGAAAAGGCGAAAGAAUUCUUUUUAGAAGUGUUGAAAACAUAUCAUACUCCUUUGGCUUGGACUGGUCUAGGAAUUUCUUAUUACUUGAUGGAAGAUUUUGAAAAAUCCGAAAUUGCUCUUCUUGAAGCAAAUGCACUUGACCCGAAUCAAGCAAUUGUCUGGACAUACUUAGCAUUGAUCUUUCUUCAAAGGCAUUCACUAUUUUUAUACGUACAAUGUCUUCUAGAAGCCAGAAGGUGUGGGCUAGAAGACAAAAAAUUAUUCAAACAACUAGAAGCAUUGCAAGAAAGAAUGUAUUCUGAAUCGACAGUCAAGCAAGAAAUAUCUGUGGCAGAAAAAUCCCCAACGAACAGUUUAUACUGUCUGCCAAAAUGCUGUAAUAAUUAGAAGGAAUUAAUAUAUUUCAUGAUUUGUUAUAGAACAAUAAAUCAUUUAAACCAU